AUGGGCUGUUACAAUGUAGUAGUUGAGGAUGAUGAGGAUGCUAUUUGGGAGGAGGAUGACAUUGGUAAAGUUACACAUAUUCUUCUGGAAAAUGACCAUGAGCAAAUGGUCGCUUCUGUGAUUCCACCAUUGUUUCAUCAGUGCUCUGUCUCUCUAGGCUCUCAUUCAGGAUCUGUUCCUCACUCUUUGUCUGUUGCUUCUGAUUCUCGUGGACAGUCUCAAGCAUCAUCUGUUAGUAGAUCUGAGGUGACUGGUCCUUCAAGGCUUUCUAGUGCCAACAAAGCGCUUCUGUUAGAAUAUCUUGGGAUUGACAGAGAUCUUGCUUCUCUGGAUAAGGCUGGGUUGCCUAUCAGAAGUUUAAGGCUAUCAUAA